CGACAUCGUGCCCAUGCCACUGCAGCGACGAUGGCCCCGAUCAAUGCAUUGCCCAGAGCAGCCAUCAGGGCCACGGACCCUGGUGUUUCGUUCGCCAAGGGCAGCCGCUUCGGCCGCUUCGCCACUCUGCCCCCAAUCUCGCUCGCUCUGUCCCUGAAACCACCACCGACCGUCUCCAGCCUGCCAAGGAUCGGAAGCCAUGGAGCUGCCCCAUCUGGGAGAGCACUGCGAUGAAGCCUCCUGCCAUCGACUGGACUUUCUUCCGUACCGCUGCCAAUUCUGCACAAAGACUUUCUGCCAGGACCACUAUCGGCCCAAAGAGCAUUCGUGUCCCAAUGUCCCCGAGACCCUGGAUCGGCAGGCAACCGUCUGUCCGGUCUGCUCGAGGGUUGUGCCCGUGAACCGAGACGAAGACCCCAACAUCCGGGUCGAGCGACACAUUGCCGAGGGCUGUCCCGACCCAGGAACAUCAACGCUCUCGGCGCCAUCAACGAGAACCAGCUCGCCGGCUGCAAAGCGACCCGGAACCUGCAGCAUGAAAAGGUGCACCAAGAAAGAGCUCGUUCCGAUUCAGUGCCCAAGCUGUGGCCGGACGUUUUGCAUCCGACAUCGCCUGGACGUAGACCACCACUGCGAAGGGAUUGGAUCCGGUGCGAAUGGAUCCGGGAGGUCGCCGCUGCCUCGAAACACACCACCUUCGAAUCGCAAAGGGCCAGCCAGCAGUGGGGCCCAGUCGAAUCGUGGAUCCCAGCCAUCGCAGCAGCGACAGCCUACUUCAGGCAGCAACCGGAGCGCCGGAACGAAUCUCACCGAGGAAGAGCAAAUCGCCCUUGCGAUACAAAUGUCAUUGGAAGAGUCUAAGCAAAAAAAUCCGCCGUCGGAUGCUGGAUGCUCGAUUUGCUGACGGCAUCCCAAAGCUGGUACUCCAGGGUCAGGAUGCCGUGGAUGGCCGCUGACUUGAAUGGCCAAGAGAUCGUGCCUUUCAAAGGAGCUGCUACUCAUGCGGCAGCAAUAUGGGACACUCUAUAUAUUGGGGAGAGCCACAGCGGGCGCCUCCACUCCAUGGAUCCGUAGUGGCUAUCGCUAUGAUGCCGAAUUGCAAAUAACAAGUUGGAUUCAACCAAC